GUCGGGCUGAGGUGGGCACUGUCGGGCUGAGGUGGCCGCUGCCCUGAGUUGGGGGUGGCCCCGCUGCACUAUGGCCGAGGCCAGCGGGGAAGUCGUCGUGGUGUCCCCGUCCGGGGCUGCCAGCGGCCUCAGCAAUGGGGCAGGCGCGGCCUCGGCGCAGACCAGCAAUCCGCUGUCGCGGAAGCUGCAUAAGAUCCUGGAGACGCGGCUGGACAACGACAAGGAGAUGUUGGAAGCUCUCAAGGCCCUUUCAACCUUUUUUGUUGAAAACAGUUUGCGGACUCGAAGAAAUUUACGUGGCGAUAUUGAACGCAGGAGCUUAGCCAUCAACGAAGAAUUUGUAAGCAUUUUCAAGGAGGUGAAGGAAGAACUGGAGAGCAUAAAUGAAGACGUCCAAGCGAUGAGUAGCUGCUGUCAAGAUAUGACAAGUCGCCUACAGGCAGCCAAGGAGCAGACGCAAGACUUAAUAGUCAAAACCACUAAGCUUCAAGCUGAAAGUCAAAGGUUAGAAAUAAGAGCGCAAGUGGCCGAUGCUUUCUUGGCCAAGUUCCAGCUCACUUCAGAAGAAAUGAGUCUGCUCCGAGGUGUGAGAGACGGACCCAUCACUGAGGAUUUUUUCAAGGCACUGGGAAGAGUAAAACAGAUUCAUAAUGAUGUCAAAGUUCUCCUGCGUACAAACCAGCAAACAGCCGGCUUAGAGAUCAUGGAGCAGAUGGCCUUGCUUCAGGAGACAGCCUAUGAGAGACUGUACCGCUGGGCUCAGAGCGAGUGCCGAGCGCUGACACAGGAGUCCUGCGACGUCUCUCCCGUGGUGACGCAGGCGAUGGGAGCCCUGCAGGACAGGCCUGUCUUGUACAAGUACACCUUGGAUGAGUUCGGCACGGCCAGAAGGAGCACCGUGGUCCGCGGGUUCAUCGACGCCCUGACGAGAGGGGGCCCGGGGGGCACGCCCAGGCCCAUCGAGAUGCACUCCCACGACCCUCUGAGGUACGUGGGAGACAUGUUGGCGUGGCUCCACCAGGCGACCGCGUCUGAGAAGGAACACCUGGAAGCUCUCUUAAAGCACGUGACCACGCAAGGUGUUGAAGAAGACAUCCAGGAGGUUGUCGGGCACGUCACUGAGGGCGUGUGCAGGCCACUGAAGGUUCGGAUUGAACAAGUAAUAGUUGCUGAACCUGGAGCGGUUUUAUUGUAUAAAAUUUCUAACCUCCUUAAAUUUUACCAUCACACAAUCAGUGGCAUCGUUGGGAACAGUGCAAGUACGUUGUUGACCACCAUCGAAGAAAUGCAUUUGCUCGGCAAAAAAAUAUUCUUCAACAGCCUGAGUCUUCACGCAGGCAAAUUGAUGGACAAGGUCGAACUCCCCCCGCCUGAUCUUGGGCCAAGUUCCGCCUUAAAUCAGACGCUCACGUUGCUGCGUGAAGUCCUGGCAUCUCACGACUCUUCAGUUGUACCGCUGGAUGCCCGCCAAGCUGAUUUUGUGCAGGUCUUAUCGUGUGUCCUGGACCCCCUCCUCCAGAUGUGCACUGUGUCCGCCAGCAGUCUAGGCACUGCCGACAUGGCCACGUUCAUGGUCAACUCGCUGUACAUGAUGAAGACAACACUGGCCAUGUUCGAAUUCACUGACCGGCGCCUGGAAAUGCUACAGUUUCAGAUUGAAGCACAUUUGGACACCCUUAUAAAUGAGCAGGCUUCUUACGUGUUAACUAGAGCAGGCUUGAGUUACAUCUAUAACACCAUCCAGCAACACAAACCGGAGCAGGGUGCUUUAGCUAACUUGCCCAACCUCGACUCGGUGGCCCUGAAGGCCGCGAUGGUCCAGUUCGAUCGCUACCUCUCCGCCCCCGACAGCCUGCUGAUGCCGCAGCUGAGCCUCCUCCUGAGCGCCACGGUGAAGGAGCAGAUCCUGAAGCAGUCGACAGAGCUGGUCUGCAGAGCCUACCGGGAGGUGUACGCUGCCGUGACGAGCCCGGCCAGCGGCUACAGAGACCCCGAGAGCAUUCUGCUCCGGUCCCCGCAGCAAGUGCAGACCCUCCUCUCCUGAUCCCGUCGUGGGACGGUAGCCGAACGCCGCCCCCCUAAAGCGCCGGGGCAGUUUGCUCGGUUUCUAGUCUGUUCAUCUUCACGUUGAGCUUUGGUGAUUACAGUUUUCUUUGCAUCAUAAGAUUGUAAGUCCCAGUAAUUGCUUUCUUUGGUCACAGUAACGUGCGGGUACGUAGCACACGCGGAUCCGCGUUAGUGCUGCUCUGUGUCCGCUGCGUGGAGAGAUGCUCUGCUCUCCGCUGGCCGCCUCUCCGCCCCUGCCAUUCCCCUCUUCUGGAGUAGAACGCCGUGAGGGCCCGCAGUGUGAGAGGUUUGGGGGGUCUUCUAAGAUUGAUUUUACAUUAACUGUCCAUAAAAAGUUAAACUUAACAGGACCUAAUAAAUGUCUCUUUACUUAGAAAUUCA